AUGGAAAAUAAACCUUUGAAUCUCCGGUUAUGGUUGUUAGGUGUGGGAAGUCCAAGGUUGACUGAGUCUGAAUGUGCUGUUGGGUUGUUUGUGUCUCUGAGGGAUAGGGGAUUCUGUGCCUUAAUUUAUGACUCCGGUGGUUUCGGAGUUUUGGACUUUAGCAAGAUUGUUUGUUUGUUCAAUUUCUGCUUUUUAACGUCUAAGCGACAAGUGAAGAAAGCAAUCACGUCAUGGUGA